ACGAAACAUUACUUUGAGGCGGGGCUUGAGUUGAUGCUUUAUAAACAUGCAUGCCUCGGCUCAGUGUGACCAGAGACACAUUGAUUUCGCUGUGACUCACAAGACUUUUUCAAGAAAACAAUUCAACAAAAUAGCAGCCUAUUUGCACAACCCAGCUCGGAAAUGGAACUGGCAAUAAAACUCUUAAACGGAGACGUGAAGCGGCUGGUGGUGAGAGUUGAUGCCACAGUUGGCGAACUCAAGCAGCUCAUUUCUCAGCACUUCAGUCAGCCUCCUUACAAACAGAAGCUUUCCAGCGACAACGGUCAACGGAUCAGCCUUGAGGAUGAUUCCCGAAGCCUCAGCAGUUACGGUUUGCACUCAGGCUCAGUGGUGAUGCUGCUCAUCACGAACCCACCUUUCCAAGUGUUCGUCAAGAACGAAAAGGGACAGACCAAAACCUAUGAGGUUGAUGUCAAUGAGACCGUAGAUCAGCUCCAGACCAAGAUCUUACGCAAAGACGGUGUCCCCAAGGAUCAGCAGCGACUGAUUUACAACGGCAGACAGCUGGAGGCUGGCAUGAAGCUGCAAGACUACGACAUCACAUCUGGAAGCACCAUUCACAUGACUCUCCGCCUCCGAGGAGGUUAAUCGCUUAAUGUGUACAAAAAAAAAAAAGCAGUUGUCGUUAUGUGUUAAAUAAUGUAAAUGCUGUAAAUAUGAUAGGCCUUGAAUGUGUUAUAUGUCACUAUGUCUUAAUAACUCAAGUAAUUCCAGAGUAGGCUAUUUAUCUGCAUUUAUCUUAUAAGUAUGAAUGAUGUUUCUCUGUAAUUUGCGUCGUAAGUAAAAUAAUAAAUGCUCUAAACAUUCCCAA